AUGGAGAGUGAGCUCCACCAUGAUUUGGUUAAGGAAAUUAUGUUGAGGUUACCUGUGAAGUCUCUUGUUCGAUUCAAAUGCGUGUGCAAAUCAUGGCAUUCUCACAUCUCUGAUCCUCAUUUUGCAAAAUCCCAUUACGAGCUCUCUGCCGCACCCUCUCACAGGCUUCUCCAUAUAACACGUUCUGGUAAGGUAAGCUUCAUUCCCCCACUUCUAAAGCGUGCUAAAGGUAAACUUAUGCAUACUCCUAAGAUUUUGGGUUCAUGCCGAGGGUUUGUCCUUAUAGAAAGAUAUCAAAAUCUUUAUAUUUGGAACCCAUUGACAGGUUUCCACAGACACCUGUCAUACUCUGACAUAGGGAAACAACAUCACUAUCCCGCGACACUCUUAAUUGGUUUUGGGUAUGAUCCAUCCACCGAUGAUUAUUUAAUAGUUGUGUUGUGGGGUAAGUACCGCACCGUCUUUGAUCAUGAUGAUAUGCAAACCAGUUUGGUGCUUUUCUCCUUCAGAACCAAUUCAUGGAAAGAAAGUCAACGCUCUCGUGUUCCCUAUGAUUAUAUUGACAACAACCAAUCAUUCCUCUUUAAUGAUGCUGUUCAUUGGUUGGCUUGUGGUGAAAAUGAACCGGACAAAGUAAUUCUUGCCUUUGAUUUGGUAAAAAAGAAUUUCUAUGAGAUAUCUCUACCAGAUGGUGAUUUCAUUGAUGGCUUCUAUUCUUAUAAUUUUGUAAAGAUAGGAGAAUGUCUCGGUUUAUGUGAUGUCAGCCAUAGUAAAAAUCAGGUGUGGGUGAUGAAAGAAUAUAAAGUGAAAUCAUCUUGGACUAUGUUUGAGAUUCCUGAUUACCUUUCCGAUGUAAGCAUCGCCAUAGCUGGUGAACUUGUUGUACUAUGCCAUGCUAAUGUUGCCGAAUUGAUGAAAUUUAAUGAGAAAGGAGAACUGCUAGAACUAUGCAAAUAUUAUUGUAAUGACGUGUGUGGACAGAAAAUAGCUAUGUAUACCGAGAGUCUACUUUCACUUCCUAGGAACUCUGAUUGA